AUGGCAGGAAAUUUGCCAGAUUUAUGUCUUCAUGGAAUCUUCAAUCAUUUGAAUGAUGAUGAUAAAACUUUGUAUUCUUGCACAUUUGUAAAUAAACGAUGGAGUUAUUCAUCUAUUCCAGUAUUAUGGGCAAAUCCGUUCGAGCUGAUCAAAAAUCUGGAACUUUUUAAACCUUUAUUAGAUACCUAUUUUUCUUUUUUACCUCAAAAUCAUUUACAAAAACUUGAAAUCAAACCAAGAUUUAAUCGAAAUACCAUGUCCUUUAAUUAUCCUGUAUUCUUUCGUCAUAUGAAUUUGUUAUCAAUUUUUCGUGGAAUAGAAUAUUGGUGUCAAAAAGAACCUACAUAUGAAGAAGAAUCAUAUGAUGCUUUACAGAAAGAAGUUCAAAUUUGUGAAGCAUUGGUUGAAUAUUUAUUUAUUCAUUCUUCUAAAAUUGACACACUCGUAAUUCGUAAAUUUUCUUAUUUCGACAUUUUAAACCUUUCUGGCUCUAGAAACGUUCUUUCAAAAGUUCACACAUUAAUCUUCGAUAAUGAAUUGUUCGCAAAUCAAUCUUCAACUUUAUCAAAUUUAAACCAAAAUUUCAGAUCGUUAACAUGUUACUUUGAACCUCCUCAUUACGAUUCUAUUGAUAGUUUAAAACAACUUAUUCGAUCUCAAAAAAAUUUAAUUGAUAUUACAAUCUCUGAACCUCAAGGAGACAAAUUAUUUCCAAUGUUUUGGGAAAUAUUCCAUUCUUCGAUAAAUGUUACAUCGACAAUUACUUUUAUAGAAUUUGAAGACAUCCAAUUUCCUCGAAAUAUUGCUUUAAUCUAUCAUUUAUCUUCAUUUACCAAUUUACAAUACCUCAAAUUUAAUGGUUGUGAUUUAUUGGGUAUUCUUUUUAAAGAAGAUCAACUUAUACAAGAAAUUAAUUCCUGCCGCCCUUUAGCUUUUAAAAAAUUAAAUACUAUCAUUAUUAUAGAAACUCCCCUUACUAUAGAGUUAUUAAAGAUCCUUUUACAGUUAUCAGGUGAAGAAUUGAGAUGUUUGGAAUUAUUAGAUAUGAAAAUCGCUAAAUUUAAUUAUAUUAUAAAAUGGUUGGAAGUAUUUUGUUUGAAAUUAAGAAGAUUGGUGGUUAAGGAUCCAUCAAAUAAGUUGGAAAUAGUGAGAAUUCAAGAUUUCUUUCUAAAAUUUGAUAAUCUGCCGUAUGUAAUUAUAAAUGGAGAAAAAUUUACAUCUUUAACGUAA